AUGAAGAACUUCAGGGAUUCGGAGCCGGUCACGGCGGUGGCGCUCAGCCCUGACGGUCGGUUGCUGUUUGCCGCAUCUCGCAGCCUGCAACUGCGCUGUUGGUCGCUGGAGAGCGGACGGGCGGUGCGCAGCUACAAGGGCCAUGCGGCCCCCAUUGCAGACAUGGCGCUGGAUGCGUCCAGCACUCUGCUGGCCACUGGCAGCGCCGAUAGGACGGUUCGGGUGUGGGAUGUGGACGGCGGAUUCUGCACUCACUCAUUUGCUGGCCACAGCGGUGUGGUGCUGCGAGUGCUCUUCCACCCCAAGCAGCUGAUGCUGGUCACUGCUAGCGACGACGCUGGAAUUCGGGUGUGGGACUUGGUGACAAAAUCGUGCGCAGCAGUGCUGAAGGGCCACUUCUCGGCAGUCACGUCGCUCAGCCUCUCGCCUGAUGGUUGGACGCUGCUGUCCGGCGGCCGUGACAGCAUUGUGAUUGUGUGGAACCUGCGCAACCACACCAAGCUGGCGACUGUGCCAGUGUAUGAAGCUGUGGAGGGUGUAGCAUAUCUGCCACCCAGCAUGGCCUUCCCUGGGGUGCCCAAUCAACCAGGAGAAGCGGGCGGCAAGGCAGCAAAAAGUCAGCUAGUGGCCUUUGCGACGGGCGGCGAGAAGGGUGUUGUCAAGCUGUGGCGCUCCGACACGGGCAAGUGCGUGUACGAGCAGCCAUCCAGCGCAGCGGCUGCCUCCAGCGCGGCUGGCGGUAUUGUGGAGCUGGCCUUGCUUGCCAGUGCUGGUGGGCUGCUGACCGCCACACAAGACGGCCGCCUGCUCUUCAACCGGCCAGCUGGUGACAACCUGGCGGUCGCUCACCAGCUCAUCGGCAACAAUGAUGAAAUCACCGACAUGCGGUUCGUCAGCCUCGGCACCGGCAGCAGCACAGCGACAACCCGCAGCAGUGAAGAUGCCGGCGGCAAGCCUGACCAGCAGCAUGCAGCAAGGCCUGCCCUGCCCAGCCACCUGGCGGUGGCGACCAACAGCGACCAGAUUCGGAUUUUUGAUUCGUCCACCAUGCACUGCACUGCGACAAUGAUGGCUGCGCACGACAAGGACAUCAAUGCCGUGGCAGUAGCACCCAACAACUCAGGCCACCUGGCCUCUGUGCUGCGCGUGGACUUCUUAUCGGCGGGGACCCAGAUGCUGUCAGCAGGAGCCGACGGCCUGAUCAAGCUGUGGAGCGUGCGCCUGUCUGGCAAGGCGCUGCUGCGCAAGCUGCGAUGCACGGAUGCCAAGUGCAUCAACACCUUUGAUGCGCACGAGGACAAGGUCUGGGCGAUGGCACUCGGCAGCCCCAGCGGCAGCGUCUUUGCCUCUGGUGGAGGCGAUGGCGCCAUUGCCCUCUGGGAGGACUGCACCACGGGGGAUGCUGACGAGGCAGCAGCACUGGCAGAGCAUGCCGUGCUCAAGGACCAGGACCUAGCCAAUGCGCUCAAGGAUGCGGACCAUGCCAAGGCAGUGACGCUGGCUUUUGAGAUGCGGCACCCAGGCCGCCUGCUGGCAGUUGUGCGACAGGUGCUAGAGCGGGGGCAGCACGAUGGCAGCCGCGCACUGGAGUCACUGGCAGCGGCUAUGCGCGUUGACGAUGUGCAGCCUUGCCUGGAGUACUGCAGGGAGUGGAAUGCAAACGCCAAGAACUGCCACGCGGCGCAGGCCAUGCUGCAGGCGGUGCUGCACACCCGGCGUCCAGAGCAACUGCUGGGCUGCGGGGCGCUGUCCAUGCGGGCGAAGUUCAUGGAGGCUGACAUGCCGCGCUCCAACUUAAAAUUCGCGUUUGUGUGGGAAAAGCUGUUGUAA